ACCAUCCUGGACCACAUGCAUCUCAAGUGCAAGUGCCACGGGCUGUCGGGGAGCUGCGAGGUGAAGACCUGUUGGUGGGCCCAGCCCGACUUCCGCGCCAUCGGGGACUUCCUCAAGGACAAGUACGACAGCGCCUCGGAGAUGGUGGUGGAGAAGCACCGCGAGUCCCGCGGCUGGGUGGAGACGCUGCGGGCCAAGUACGCGCUCUUCAAGCCGCCCACCGAGCGGGACCUGGUCUACUACGAGAACUCGCCCAACUUUUGUGAGCCCAACCCAGAGACAGGCUCCUUUGGCACCAGGGAUCGGACUUGCAACGUCACCUCCCACGGCAUCGACGGCUGUGAUUUGCUGUGCUGUGGCCGUGGCCACAACACGAGGACGGAGAAGCGCAAGGAGAAGUGCCACUGCAUCUUCCACUGGUGCUGCUACGUCAGCUGCCAGGAGUGCGUCCGCGUCUACGACGUGCACACCUGCAAGGCACUGGGAAGGGGUAAAGUGUGCGGCUGGGCGGAUUCACCGAAGCCCCACGGGAAGCAGGACCUAGAGCCAAGCCAGCGGUCAUCAUCUGCCAGCAAGGAGCACAGACUGUUGCCAGCUGCACGUGGUAAAUGACCUGGACCCAGCCGGCCUGUGGCAGGAGGCUCCUCCCUCUCGCAUCCUCCGUUCUCACCCUGCUCUGGUUGGUGUGUGGCUUUUACAGAGAGGCUUUCUUUUUAGUUCUCCAGGGUCUGGUAGCAGCAGACCCAAGGCUUACCUUUGCACAUAUUAAAUAAAAAAAAAAAAUCUGCUCCAACAGAACAGGCUGGGCUAAUGUGAGCUCUCGGCCCGGUGGUAAACACAUGAGCAUGGGCAAAAUGCUGUUUCCAAGCUGCUUCUCGUGGUGACGUUCCAGGAUGCCUGUGGGGCGGGAGUCGGGAAGGACAAACCCCUGCAGUCUCCCCUUGUUCUGCUCCCACUCAAAUCAGAUACACUUUCCAUUCUGAUAAAAGCCAUAGGUGUGGCUGGGAUGCAGUGUGGGGGAGGUCCCCAGCAAACGCUCGAGGAAGAUCUGAGUUUUGGAGAACUAGUUCUGGGUGGCUGUUUGAAGAGCAACUGGGUUCUCAGUCUCAUUUUCUCUGUGAAUGUGCUCUGCAGAGAGGCAGUCAGAUGUUAACGUCCUUUUCCCUAUCAUUCUGCAGUAACUUCCUUGAGUGGACGUUGUACAUAGAUAGGUUAUGUAUGGGGCAAGUCUCCAGCUCACACGGCUUCGUACAGGAACUAGCAGUGUCUUUGGAAGGAGCUGUUCAAUCCUUCCCAGCCCUGCCCACUGGCAUUCUCCAUAAAAGCAGCCCCAGAUAGAGCAAGCGGACUCUAGGUCACCUUAGUAUAAGUUAGACAAAGCAGCAAGAGCGGAACUCUCUACUGCAGUUCCAGUUUUGUGACUGGUCGAUGGGAAGAGUGAAGGGAUUCCUGUUUCGCUCUCCAGUAAAGAUGGGGCUUCCUUCAUUCUCUCCCCGCUUUGGUCUGUGUGAGUAAACAGAAAUGCAGAGUUCUGUAACAGAGCUCUUCCCCCUCACCUGCAUGUGAGAUAGCAUCAAUUUUUGCAGUUACCAAGGAUCUGGAUUAGGUGUUCAAAGAGAGCAAGUAGUCACUUGUUCCUGGGGUGAAGCAUUUCCCAGCUCAGUUCUCCUUGAUGUACACUGGUCCUGCUGAGUGUCCCGGAGGAAGCUAGCCAAACGGAGGCAGAUGGAUUUAACAGUCUGGAUCAAUCCAACAGCUCUGUCUUACAGAGAAUCAGAAAAGCAGACGCAACAGGGAAACGGAGCGAACAAAGAUCUAACUUUCCUUCCAUGUCUGGCAUCUGCCUAACCAUGACCUAAGACACUGGGUCAGCAAUCUCCGGGUUCUGCAGGCAGGCUUGCCAAGAUGGUCAUCCGGGAGCCUGCCCACUCUCUCGAACCUGAUGGCCGGGGGUCCUGCUGAAAUAAACAUCCCUACCCCUCCACAGAGUCUGAAAUGUCCUCCUCAUGUCACCGUAGACUGAACAGUUUCAAAUUAUGUCAACUGGAUAAUGCUUGCUUUAUAUGUGAGAAUACUUCAGCAGAAUGAUACACAUUUUUAAGUCUUUUCAUAUCUAUGUAUUCUAUAUUAAAAGUGAUAAAGUCAUGUUUCUGGGGCAUAUUCACGUAGCUGACAAGUAAUUAUUUAAUAAUAGUACAUGAGUGCAUUGUAAUUAUUCCCGCCGCCACAGCCAGGUAAUAGCAUCCAAUGGAAACUUCCUACCAACCUGCUGUAUCCAAAGUUUUGUAAAAAGUUGUAGAGGUUGUUGAUCUUUUUGAUUUUAUAUUCAAAAAGUCUUUUUAUAAAUAUUAUUUAUUAUACAAUGUAUAUACCUUUGAGUUAACUAAGAUUAUAUAUUAUAUAAAUAUAUAUAUAUUUGGAGAAAAUAUAUUUCAUCAUGCAGUUUUUUCUGUUAAAAGUCAUUAAAGAGAAGGUAAAAAAAACUUAAAAUGGA